AUGGAUCUCGUAGGGUCGGUAAUAAAAUCUGCUAGGGGACAUCAAUAUAUUUUAGUUGUGGUUGACUAUGCCACUCGUUAUCCGGAAGCUGUCUCCCUAAGAAACACUGCCUCAAAAACCAUUGCCAGAGAGCUAUUUUUUAUGUUCUCUAGGACCAGAUUCCCCAAGGAGAUCCUUUCCGAUCAAGGAACUCCCUUUAUGUCUAUGGUUAUGAAGGAUAUGUACAGGCUAUUCAAAAUUACACAAUUACUUACUUCGGUGUAUCGCCCACAGACUGAUGGCUUAGUCGAAAGAUUUAAUAAGACUCUAAAACAGAUGUUGAAGAAAGCGGUAGAGAAGGAUGGUAGAGAUUGGGAUUGCCUACUACCCUACCUCAUGUUCGCAAUCCGGGAAGUACCCCAAGCCUCCACAGGGUUUUCCCCAUUUGAGUUAGUUUAUGGCCGACAUCCCCGGGGACUUCUUGACAUAGCCAAAGAAACAUGGGAAACCGAGACUACCCCUUUCAAAAGUGUUAUUGAGCAUAUAACCCAUAUGCAAGAGCAUAUUGAGACAGUAAUGCCCUUAGUGAAAGAGCAUUUGCAGAAGGCCCAAGCCUCCCAAAGUAGGGUGUAUAAUCGCUCUGCAAGGAUUAGGAGUUUCAACCCUGGGGAUAGGGUCUUGGUAUUAGUUCCCACAGUGGAAAGUAGGUUUCUCGCCAAAUGGCAAGGUCCCUAUGAAGUAGUAGAAAAAAUAAGUGACGUUAACUAUAAGAUGCAUCAGUCGGGGAAAAGAAAGCCUUUCCAGGUGUAUCAUAUUAACCUUCUUAAACCCCGGAAGGAUAGGAAAUCCCUAUUGGCAAAAGUUCCCAAAAAAAUAGAGAAGGAAUCCCACCCCAUUCCUCCUGUGAAAAUAGGUGAGACCCUGGCGGGGAAACAACAACAAGAGGCAAAAGAGUUUUUGCAACACAAUAGGGAGAAAUUUUCUGAUCUACCAGGACGAACCCAUCUGAUUAGCCAUCAGAUUAUCACUAAACCCAGUAAGAUCGUAAACUUAAAACCUUACCGUAUCCCGGAAGCCCGUAGGAAGGCUGUGUCAGAGGAGGUAAAGAGAAUGUUGGAGUUGGGAGUGAUAGAAGAAUCUAGGAGUGCGUGGGCCAGUCCUAUUGUCUUAAUCCCAAAACCCAAUGAGACCUGGAGGUUUUGUAAUGACUUCAGGAAACUUAAUGAAAUUUCAAAAAUCGAUGCAUACCCCAUGCCUAGGGUGGAUGAACUAAUUGAAAAUCUAGGGAGGGCUAGAUUCAUUACAACCUUAGACCUUACCAAAGGUUAUUGGCAGAUCCCAUUAACACCAGAGGCGAAAGAGAAAACAGCAUUCCUAACCCCAGAGGGUUUAUUCCAGUAUGUGGCAAUGCCGUUUGGGUUACACGGGGUUCCAGUUACUUUCCAGAGAUUGAUGGAUAGAAUCCUGCGACCACAUCGAGGAUACGCGGCGGCAUAUCUGGACGAUGUGGUCAUUUAUAGCGCAGAUUGUCAGAGUCACUUAAAAAAGGUGCAAAAAGUUCUGGACUCUAUAAGUGACGCAGGGCUAACCAUCAACCCCGAGAAAUGUGCCUUAGGAUUAGAGGAAGCCAGGUACCUGGGAUACAUUAUUGGUUGGGGAUUGAUUAAGCCCGAAUUGAAUAAGGUGGAUGCCAUUCAAAAAUGGCCCCAACCUCUGACAAAGAAACAGGUCAGGGCAUUCUUAGGCAUCGACGGGUACUACCGGAGGAUUGUCAGAAUGGAAGAAGAUCAAAUAGCCAUAGUUGGCAUAGGAUGCAAAUUUCCUGGAGGUGAAGGCAUAGAAAAUUUCUGGAAAGUUAUUUUUGACGGAAGAAAUUGUACAACGGAAAUACCAGAAGAAAGAUUUGACCUGAAAAAAUGGUACGAUUCUGAUCAUACCAAACCAGGCAAAAUGUACACCAGUCGGGCCGCAUUUGUAGAUGGGAUUAAUGAAUUUGAUAUUAAAGUAUUUGGAAUGAAUAAUUCGGAAACUGCCAAUAUGGAUCCACAACACAAAUUACUGCUUGAAUGCACAUAUAGAGCUCUGGAAGAUGCAGGCUAUCCCUCUGAAAAUGUUCGUGGAAGGAAAAUUGGAGUGUUCAUAGGUCUCAUGAACAGAGAUGCCGACUAUAUUUAUAAUAAUUCUCCAGAAAACAUCAAUCAUUUUAAUGGCACUGGGACAGCAACAAGCAUAGCUGCCAACAGGAUAUCCUACUGCUUUAAUCUGACGGGACCUUCCCUAUCAAUUGACACUGCCUGCUCUUCAUCCUUGGUUGCUUUACACUAUGCUUGUCACGCUAUCAGGCAAGGUGAUUGUGAGAUGGCGAUAUGUGGUGGUGUCAGCUGUAUCAUCGAACCUCGCAUCUUCGUUUCCCUUUGUAAGGCAAAGAUGCUAUCCGCUGAUGGAACCAGUAAACCUUUCUCUAAUAGAGCAGAUGGAUACGGAAGAGGAGAAGGAUGCGGCAUUGUUCUACUAAAACCUUUCAAAAAGGCUAAAGAAGAAUACUGUAAAGUCUGGGGACUUAUAAGUGCAAGUGCAAUAAACCAAGAUGGACACUCAGUAUCACCCAUCACAAGGCCAUCUCAAGAUCAGCAGGAAUAUGUAUUGCAACACAUCUAUAGCAAGAUAGAUCCAUGUUCUGUGCAACACAUUGAGGCUCAUGGUACUGGAACAAGAAUUGGUGACCCAACAGAAGCUGCCAGCUUAGGAAAUAUCAUUGGGAAAAAAAGGAAUGGAAUGAAGCCCCUAAAGAUUGGAUCCGUUAAAGGAAACAUAGGUCACACUGAAUCUGCUGCUGGAGUUGCUGGCUUAAUAAAGGUUCUUCUCAUGAUGCAUUAUGAAAUAAUCCCUCCAUCUCUACAUUAUUCUAAAGAAAAUGGCAUCAAAAUGAUUGGUGAAUCAAAACUAGAAAUUCCAACCAGAACUAAAAAGUGGCAGGAGGACAUCAAAUUUGGAAGAAUGGCAGGAAUAAAUUGUUUUGGGUUUGGAGGAACUAAUGUUCAUGUUGUUAUCAAACAAAAUAAGCAAGAAUAUCCCAAAUAUCACUCAAAACGAUCAGUUGACAUAUUUAUAUUAUCUGCAGCCUCAAGCAAAUCCCUUCAACUGUGUAUCGAAGACACAAAAAUAGCAUUAGGCAGCACAACAUCCUUAACUCUGGAGAACCUGGUCUACACAGCAGCUUGCAGGAGAAGUCAUUUAAAUUACAACAACAGAAUAGGAUUUAUGGCCUCUUCAUUAACUCAUUUGCAUCAACAGUUACAAACUGUGAGCAAAUACCCCCUUAUAGCUACAUCCAGCCCUCAUAUUGUGUUUGUAUUCUGUGGUAAUGGAGUCCUUUAUAAAGGGAUGUGUAAGAUGUUACUUGAACAUGAGCCAGUGUUCAGGACAACAUGUAUGGCAGUUGAUAAGUUGAUUCAGUCUUACACCUCCAUUUCUGUUUUGCAGUUGUUACAGGAAGAGUUUGAUGAUUUCUCAAGACCAGAUGUGGCACAGUUGUUGCUCUUUACAAUUCAGGUGUCAUUAGUAGCUCUCCUAAAACACUGGGGGGUAAGGCCAAACUGCACUGUGGGCCAUUCAGUUGGAGAAGUUGCGGCAGCACAUUGUUCUGGACUUAUUUCACUUGAAGAUGCUGUAAAAAUUAUAUAUUAUAGGAGCACACUGCAAUGCAAAGCUGUUGGGGGACUUAUGUUGGUAGUUGGAAAUAUACUCGUGAUGGAAAUAUCAAAAAUAAUUCAGUUAUACAAGGGAAAAGUAUGUAUUGCUGCUUAUAACAGUCCUACUUCAUGCACAUUGUCAGGUGACACUUUUUCAAUAAAACAUCUGCAAGGGGAACUGACCAAGAAAUACAAUGAAAAUAAUAUAUUUCUGCAUAUACUUGAUGUCCCUGCUGCAUACCACAGCCACAUGAUGGAUCCUAUAUUGAAUGAGAUAAAAGAGAUGUUGAAAGAUUUACAGGGAAAAGAUAUUCAUGUUGAUAUUAUAUCAACAGUGACCGGAAAGCCUGCAUCCAAAGGAGAUUUCACCACUGGUGAUUACUGGGCUAAAAAUAUUCGUGAAUCAGUUGCCUUUCAACAAGCUAUAGAAGCUUCAGCAAGAGAUAAAGAAAACACUCUUUUUAUUGAAAUAGGCCCUCGGAGAGCACUACAAAGGAACAUAAUUGAAACGUUAGGCCCCAACACAACAGUAUUACCUGCUUUACAGCCCAAUAAAGAGUAUGAGACCAUCUUUUCCAUGCUGAUUGCACUUUUUACACAAGGAUACAAUCCUGAGUGGUGUAAUGUUUUUGACGCAUAUAAAUCAUCUCCAUCUAUAAUUCCAAGAUAUCAAUUUGAUCACAUCAAACAAGAUAUCAGAUAUGAAAAAAUUAGACAGGGGAAUCAAACAGCAUCCAGUCCUAACCACCCAUUAAUUCGUAGCUUGAGUGAGGAUUUCACCGACUUCCAAUGUACAGUAUCUAAAACCAGUACACCCUAUGUCUAUGAACAUACAAACUGGGGUUCUGCCCUCAUUCCAGGUGCAUUCUAUGUAGAACUUGGAUUAGCAGCUGCAUCUAUGAGCUUCAAACCUAAACCCCCUUUAAGUUCUUUAGAAAUCAGUGUAACAUUUUCCAACCCUUGUGUUCUUCACCAAGACUCUGUUGACCUGAAAAUCAAGCUACACCAAGAAGGCAAAGUAACUCAUUUUGAAGUUCUAACAUCACACAUUUUUGCAAGUGGGCAACUCCUAAAGCAUAACUCUAUAGCAAACACAGUAAAAAGGAUCUCAGUUGAACAGAUAUUUAGUAGAUGUACCUCUAUUUUCAAAACUGAAAGGAUUUAUGAGCAGCUCUCUACACUUGGAUUUGAAUACGGGAAAAGUUACAAGCAUCUGGGUGAUGUUCAUUAUGGAAAUGAUCUCAAAGAAGGGAUUGCCAGACUGAAAGUGAGUGAAGAAGUCAGAGAAGCAAUGUAUGAGUACCACAUCCAUCCAGUCAUUUUAGACUGCUUUCUUCAAAUGGGAGUUUGUGUGGGAUCGAGAACAAAAGAAUCAGUGAUCUUCCCAUCAUCCAUUGGAAGUUUAACGAUUCUACAGCCUCUUCAAGAAGAAAUGAUCAUCUACAUGAAAACAAUAAAAACAACAGAGAAGUACAUUGAGUUUUGUGGAUGUUUUGCAGACAACACUGGUUCAAUUUUAGUAGAAAUAAAAAGUGCUAAGUUGUCAUUUCUAAAACAAACAGAGAACAAACAAGUGAAAACUUUUUACCAAGUUAAAUGGACACAAUGUUCACAACCCAGUCAUAUUCCAGAAAAUGAGCCAAAAAUGUUAAUUUUUUCUGACACUAUUGGAAUAGGUGAAAAAGUAUCAAAGUAUAUGCCAAAUGAACCUAACUAUAUUAUGUUCAACAGCUGGGAUUCAGAUUUUCAGGCACAAAAGCUUCUCAAUAGUGACUGCACUGAUGUUGUGUUUAUGUGGGGAAUCCAAAGGUUAUCUGACGAUAUUUCAAGUAACCUUACACAAUAUCUAGCAAAAUGCUGUGACAUCUAUAGACAGCUGAUUUUAGCAGUGAGAAAAAAGUCCUCUAUGCCUUCUAUCCGUACAGUGACAUUCAGAACAGUAGACAGCACGGUGGAUAAUAUUAACCCUGGAUUUGCAUUUGUUGGAAUGACAAGAGCUUGUCUCUUUGAAAUGCCUGACAUAACAUUUCAGCUGAUUGACAUUAGCUCCACAAGUCCCCAAGAUGUUAAGGCACUAGCCCAGGUUCUUCAUAAUUAUAAUCCAGAGGACCAUCCAGAGAUCUGGAUUAAUGAAGGCUCUGUUUAUGACAAUGAAAUAAUUUUCACUGAGACUGAAAAGAGAACACGAAAGAUAGAUUCUUUAGAGAAAACUGAUAAUUUCACCCUUUACACUUCAGAGCCUUAUACGGUAACUAACAUUUCUGCUGAACAGUCUAAUCGCAAAUUAUCUGACCUUAAAAGCAAAGACUUGGAGAUUUGUGUUGAUAAAAUUUGCAUCCACACAGAUGAUUAUUUUCCUAUUAGCCUUUCAAGUUGGAAAUAUGGGAAUGCUUUGUACUGGAACUCUUUGACUAGUGAUAAGCAUGAGCUUGUUGCUCUGGAUUUUGCUGGUAUUGUGACUGCCGUUGGCAAAUGUGUUAAAAAAAUUCAAGUUGGUGAUCGAGUUGCCGCAUGCUAUCCAAUAACAGCAACCUCUAAAGUCACUCUUUCAGAAAAUGUUUGCUACUUAGUCAAAAAAGCUCCAGUGAUAAAAAGUGCUCCUUGCAUCUCAUUCUUUGUCUUAGCCUGGGAAAUUUUGCACAAUCAACUACCACGUGCAAAGAAUAAGUCUAAACUCGCUAUUUUAACAUCUGAUGUAAACUCAGUCUUAUGCAGAGUUUUGUCCAAGACAGCAAAACAGAGUGGAUGGGAAACUGUAAUAUCUGUUGGAAGUAGGGAGGUUGAUAAGCAGUGCACUUCAAUGGUUAUUCUUCCGACAGUAGGAGAUGUCUCUAGAGAGGUUCUUAAUGCACUACCACUCCUCAAAGAUGUGGUUUCUAUAACUGAUCAUAAGAAUUUUAAGAACUGGCAAAAUAUAAUUCUUAGCAGUCAAGAUUUUUAUGUCCACUUGCUUGAUAUUUCUGCCAUUUUCCGGAAGGCAUAUUUACAAAAGCAUGCAAAAAAUCUGCAUAAGUGGCUUUAUUCCAUUACUUCAUUAAACACCAUUAUCAUUCCAAAACAUUUGAUCCAACUAUCAAGGAAAGAAUCUGGCUGUUUUAGUGGAGAAACCAGCUACUUUACCACCCAGUCCUUACCUAUAAUUGAGCUAGACAAUAGUACUGUCUCAUUGAUACCAAUAUCAGCACCCAAUCCAAUGCUCUUCAAAUAUAAAGCUGUUUACAUUGUCACGGGUGGUCUGACUGGUCUUGGAUUUGAAACUGUGAAAUUUAUUGGGAAUAAUGGUGGGGGCCACAUAGUGAUCCUGUCCAGAAGAAAACCACCCUCUGAAACAGAACAGCAGUUAGCAGAAAUUCAGAAUCAAACAGAAAGUACCAAGAUAAUCAAUAUACAAUGUGACAUUUCCCAUUACUCAGAAGUAAAAAAAGCCAUUGAUUUCAUAAAAUUAAUAUUUCCAAAUGUCCCAGUGAGAGGCAUCUUUCACAGUGCUGUUGUUUAUAAUGAUAGGAUUUUGCAGAAUCUAAACUUGUCCCUGUUUGAGAAAGUUCUUAGCCCCAAAGUCAAUGGAGUUGUGAAUCUUCACCUUGCCACAUUAAACAUGAAACUUGACUAUUUUGUUUGCUAUUCGUCUACUGCUUCAUUUGUUGGAAAUGCAGGUCAAGCAAAUUAUGCUGCUGCCAACUCCUUCCUAGAUAUCUUCUGCCAAUAUAGAAGGAAUAUGGGCCUUUGUGGACAAUCGAUCAGUUGGGGUGGCCUCAAUCUUGGAGUACUUACCAAUCAGCUUCAUGUGCAUAAAAUCUUAGAAGCAAAGGGAGCACUUCUUUUUAGCAUUGUGGAAAUUCAUGAGCAUCUGAAGACAUGUCUUCAACUAAAUAAUUCAAGUCAAGCAAUAGCCAAAUUUAACUUUAAAACCAUGUAUGAAAACCAGAUGUCUCAAAUUCCAGCAGUAAAAAAACGAUUCUACAGUGUGAUAAUAGGAGACAUGAGUAGUUGGGAGCAAACAUCAAAAGAAAACCAUUCUUCCAAUAGUAACAAUGAAACAUGUGAAGAUUAUAUUUUGUUAGUAAUUACUGAACUCACAGGAGUCAGCCCAAGUGACAUCACUAUGAGUACUCUUCUCAGUUCUCUAGGGAUUGACUCGAUGUCAGCUAUGACAUUACAGAGUCGAAUCCUCAAAGAGAAGAACAUGAGGAUACCCCUGCUAAAACUACUUGAUCCCAAAACAGCAGUCUCAACGUUGGUAUCCCUGGUUAAAGAAACUUUAGAUAAAAAAGAGAUUGGAAGCGAGAUAAUAGAGGAAACUAUUCUGUGAUAUGGGAAAAUUCAUCAACAAUGAACCCUAUGAAUUCAAGGACUGUUCGUUAUGGCAUUUUGUGUACUUUUUUCAACAGAUGGCAAUGCAUAGUGUUUUUGUUAUCAUGCAAAAUUUAUUUUUUAUUCUGAUAAUUUCUUUAAUUAUAGUAGAGUU